AGAUAGCGGUUCUGUGGAUGAAAAGGCUCGCAUAGUAAGCGGAAGUUCCUUGGAUGCUUCCAAGCUUUAUGCAGUCCAGGCAUUUACUGGUGGACUGUAUGGCAUUGACAGCAUGCCAGACCUGCGCAGGAAGAAAUCGUUUCCCAUUGUUCGAGAUCUGGCUAUGACACUUGCAGCUCGAAAGUCUGGUAUUUCCAUGGCCAUGCUCACCCGGACCUCCAUAAACACUGAGGAAAUGAAAAUACAUGUCUUCAAGAAGACAUUGCAGGCUUUGAUCUAUCCUAUAUCAUCAACCACACCUCAUAACUUUGAAAUUUGGACAGCUACAACUCCCACAUACUGUUAUGAAUGUGAAGGUCUACUUUGGGGCAUAGCCAGGCAAGGCAUGAAAUGCACGGAAUGUGGUGUCAAAUGCCAUGAGAAGUGCCAAGACCUCCUGAAUGCUGAUUGUUUACAGAGAGCAGCUGAGAAAAGUUCCAAACAUGGUGCAGAAGACAAAACACAGAAUAUUAUUAGUGCUAUGAAGGACAGAAUGAAGAUUAGAGAGAAAAAUAGACCAGAGGUGUUUGAGGUGAUCCAGGAAAUGUUUAACAUUUCCAAAGAAGAUUUUGUACAAUAUACAAAAGCAGCAAAACAAAGUGUUUUAGAUGGAACAUCCAAAUGGUCAGCAAAAAUAACCAUCACAGUUCUUUGUGCUCAGGGCUUGCAGGCUAAGGACAAAACUGGCUCCAGUGACCCGUAUGUUACUGUGCAAGUUGGCAAAAACAAGCGGAGAACAAAAACCAUAUUUGGAAACUUGAAUCCCGUAUGGGACGAAAAAUUCUAUUUUGAAUGCCAUAACUCUACAGAUAGAAUAAAGGUGAGAGUAUGGGAUGAAGAUGAUGACAUCAAAUCUAGAGUAAAGCAACAUUUCAAAAAAGAAUCAGAUGACUUCCUGGGGCAAACAAUUAUUGAAGUAAGAACACUGAGUGGAGAAAUGGAUGUAUGGUAUAAUUUAGAAAAGCGAACAGAUAAAUCAGCUGUUUCUGGUGCCAUUAGACUGAAAAUCAAUGUUGAAAUAGAAGGAGAGGAGAAAGUUGCUCCCUAUCAUGUGCAGUACACCUGUCUACAUGAGAAUCUGUUCCAUUACUUGACGGAAGUUAAAUCUAACGGGGUGGUGAAAAUCCCUGAGGUGAAAGGCGAUGAGGCCUGGAAGGUGUACUUUGAUGAUGCUGCCCAGGAAAUCGUGGAUGAAUUUGCAAUGCGCUAUGGAAUUGAAUACAUUUAUCAAGCUAUGACGCACUUUUCUUGUCUGUCUUCUAAAUAUAUGUGCCCUGGUGUUCCAGCAGUUAUGAGCACAUUGUUGGCCAAUAUAAACGCUUUCUAUGCUCAUACCACAGCAGCAACAAAUGUAUCCGCCUCAGAUCGCUUUGCCGCUACUAACUUUGGGAGAGAAAAGUUCAUAAAACUGCUGGAUCAAUUGCACAAUUCUCUGAGGAUUGAUUUAUCCAAAUACAGGGAUAAUUUUCCUGCCAGCAAUUCUGAAAGACUCCAGGAUCUGAAAUCAACUGUGGACCUGCUUACCAGCAUUACUUUUUUUCGGAUGAAGGUCCUGGAAUUGCAGAGCCCACCUCGAGCCAGUACUGUGGUGAAAGAUUGUGUAAGAGCCUGCCUGGACUCAACUUACAGAUACAUCUUUGACAAUUGCUAUGAUCUCUACUCCCAGUUAGUGGAUCAGAGUAAGAAACAAGAAGUUCCUAAAGAAGAGCAGGGACCAACAACAAAGAAUUUGGAUUUCUGGGCCCAGCUUAUUACUCUGAUGGUCACCAUUAUAGAUGAAGAUAAAACAGCAUAUACACCAAUCUUGAACCAGUUCCCUCAAGAGUUGAACAUGGGGAAAAUCAGUGCUGAAAUCAUGUGGACUCUGUUUGCCCAGGAUAUGAAAUAUGCUCUGGAAGAACAUGAAAAGCAGCGGUUAUGCAAAAGCACAGAUUAUAUGAAUUUGCACUUCAAAGUGAAAUGGUUUUAUAAUGAAUAUGUGCGAGAACUCUCUGCUUUCAAGGAUGCAGUGCCUGAAUACUCUCUGUGGUUUGAACCAUUUGUCAUUCAGUGGCUGGAUGAAAAUGAAGAUGUCUCAAUGGAAUUUCUUCAUGGAGCACUAGAAAGAGACAAAAAAGAUGGGUUUCAGCAAACAUCAGAUCAUGCCCUCUUCUCUUGUUCUGUGGUUGAUGUCUUCACACAGCUCAAUCAAAGCUUUGAGAUUAUUAGGAAACUGGAGUGUCCUAAUCCAGAAGCACUAUCUCACUUAAUGAGAAGAUUUGCAAAGACUAUCAACAAAGUGCUUCUUCAGUAUGCUGUAAUUAUUUCGAGUUACUUCAGCUCGUAUUGUGAUAAAGAAAAUGUGGCCUGUAUCUUGAUGAACAACAUUCAACAAUUAAGAGUCCAACUUGAGAAAAUGUUUGAGUCCAUGGGAGGAAAGGAGAAGAAAGAAGGAGAGAGAUUCUCUUAUGAGUUGGAUCCUGAAGCUAGUGUUGUUCUAAAAGAACUUCAGGCGAAACUUAGCAGUGUAUUGGAUGAACUCAGUGUAACAUAUGCUGCAAGUUUCCAAUUUGUUAUUGAAGAUUGUGUAAGGCAAAUGAGCAAUGAACUGAAUCAAAUGAGAGGCAAUGGGAAUGCAGCAGCCAACAAGAACAGUGCAGCCAUCGAUGCUGAGAUUGUGCUCCGGCCUCUCAUGGAUUUCCUGGACAAAACUUUAAGCAUCUCUGCAAAAAUCUGUGAGAAGACAGUUCUGAAACGGAUUUUGAAAGAGCUCUGGAAGUUGGUCUUAAACAAAAUAGAAAAACAAAUUGUGCUUCCACCACUGACAGACCAAACCGGGCCCCAGAUGAUAUUCAGUGCAGCCAAAGAUCUUGGACAACUGUCAAAACUCAAGGACCAUGUGAUUCGAGAGGAAGCCAAAAGCCUGACCCUGAGGCAAUGUGCAAUAAUGGAAGUAGCACUGGUGACUAUAAAGCAAUACUUCCAUGCUGGAGGGAGUGGGCUGAAAAAGAAUUUCCUGGAAAAGAGCCCAGACCUACAGUCCCUCAAGUACGCUCUGAGCCUUUACACCCAAACUACUGACGCCUUGAUAAAGAAGUUUAUAAACUCUCAGACUUCUCAAACUCAAACUGCUAAUAAUUCCGUGGGUGAGAUAUCUAUACAGGUGGAUGUCUCCACACAUCCUGGAACUGGGGAGCAUAAAGUCACUGUAAAAGUUGUGGCAAUUAAUAAUCUAAACUGGCAAACGACAGCCAUGUUCCGGCCAUUUGUGGAAGUUUGCAUGUUAGGCCCUAAACUAAGUGACAAGAAAAGAAAACACGGAACCAAGACAAAGAGCAACACGUGGUCACCAAAAUACAAUGAAACUUUCCAAUUCACACUGAGUAACGAAGAUAAGCCAGGAGCCUACGAACUUCACCUGUCAGUGAAAGAUUAUUGCUUUGCUCGGGAGGACCGAAUUAUAGGAAUGACAGUCAUUCAGCUGCAAAGCAUCGCGGAGAAAGGGAGCUGCGCCUCCUGGUACCCCCUGCUGAGAAACAUCUCCGUGGAUGAGACUGGGCUAACCAUUCUUAGGAUACUUUCUCAGAGGAACAAUGAUGAAGUUGCUAAAGAGUUUGUGAGACUUAAAACAGAAACAAGAUCUGCUGAAGAAACGGCCUAAAAUCCCCGAGCAAUGCAAGAUUGUCACCGCCAGAACAUAGAUACAGUGCUGUUGUCUGAAUAGUGCAUGCAUGUGCAAAUCUGUGGGAAUGUUUAACUAACUAUGUUUUCAGUGUUUGCCAGUACUUACGUACUAUAUUUGCAAGGUAUGUCAAGGAGCUGUAUAUCUUUUAUACAUAUUUUGGUCUUUGGUAAAGUAAUUGUUCCAAUGAAGUGCCAAAACUAAGAGUAAAUGUUUCAUCAUAUCUUUUGAAAUGUUGAUUUCACCUCAUCACAAUUCCUUUAUUUUUUAACAUUUAUUAACAAAUAAUUAGCUUUUUUAACUGAUUAAUAGGUUGUCUCUGUUAAAUUACUGUGUUGCUUAUUCUAAAUUAAGUUACCUCCCUUACCAUUAUUUUACAAAUGAGGUACUUAGUUUUCUUCAAACUAUCAUUUUAUGCAAGCCUCAUUUUAGGUGUCUUACUGAUAACUUUUUCUAUCAUUACUACAGAUGCAGUUACUUAUAGAAAGUGUUUGUAAUUUUAUAAUUACCAAUAUAAAGUAAUGAUUUUUGCAUAAAAACUGAAAAAGGAUGGAAAUAUUUUAUGCUAAUCUCUUUUCCAACCUUUCAUAAAUAUCACUGUGAAGAAAUGCUGUUAAAGCAGGUCCUCAAGAAGCUGUGCUUACCAGAGUUUGUUACUGAUGUUUGAUAUCUUGAGAUAACUUUGUUCUUCAAAACUGCCAUGGUAAUAUCAUAUUUGUAUUAAAGAGUAAGUCAGUAUCUGUAGAACAGAUUGCUGUACAGUACAGUAUAUGUGCUUUUAAAAAGUCAUUUUUUAAAUGAUAUGGUACUGUACAAGGGUUGGUAGUUUGGGAUAUGUAAUGCCAGUUUGUGGUUUGUUUCUAGAAAUUGUUUAUGAAAAGAAAAGAUGCUGUGAGCAUUUUCACUCAGAGUUAUAACGUUGCUUUACAUACUUAGCUGUAACAUCAGUUAAGUGCUUUAUUUCUUUAAUUUUCUUUUUUUUCAGAAAUGUUCAACAGUUUGUACUUAUGCAACAUUACUAUGUAUUGCACUAAAGCAAACUCUGUGUCCUGUAAAUAUAUUUAGUGAGGAAUUGUAAAAUAAAGUAUGCAGAAACUGC